AAGGAGUUUUGAAGGAUGAUAACUCAUGUGAUUAUCGAGAUAAAACCUUCCUGACUUGGAGAUGACGUCUGUCGGGCUUUGGAAGGUCAUAUGACAGAUACAACGCUUCAUCAACGUCCCAAGCUUUAAAACAUGAGUAUUCUACUUUUUGAGGGCGAAACACAUGCAGAACUGUAUGCUAAAUACCGACCAAAGUAUCCAGAUGCGUUGUACGAGGUGAUUGGCGACUUCUGCAAGGCCCCAGGGGCCACUGGAAUGGACGUUGCUGUAGAUGUAGGGUGCGGAAGUGGGCAGGGAACUUUUCCUCUGUGUGAGAUGUUCAACAACGUUAUAGGCGUGGAUGUUAGCCAAAGUCAGAUCGCACAGGCUAAACGUCUACAGAGCCUCGACAACAAAUAUGACACCAACAGACUGGAUUUUCGCGUCGGACCUGCAGAGGAUUUGAGUUUUCAGAAAGACAAGUCAGUCGACCUUGUAUCGGUAGCCGCCGCUAUACAUUGGCUGGACACAGACAAGUUUUAUAAAGAGGUAGAUAGGAUACUUAAGCCUGGAGGGUCAUUCAUCGUGUACACUUAUGUACUACCUAAACCCGACAAGGAAGAGGCAAGGCAGAUGGAAGCACAAUUCUAUAAAGAACAUCUAAGUGAAUACGCAAGCAGUCGAAUAUUUCCAAACUUGGAGGAUUAUGAAAUCCCAUUUGAAGACAACCACGGGAUACGAACGGUACCGAUGAACCACACCUUGGCUGUUCAUGAAUACGUGGGCUUCAUAACUACUCUCUCUGUUAGUCAAACCUACCUCCAACAUAAUCCUUCGUCAGCCAUAUUCGAUGACCUCACCAAAAGGUUGCUGGAGUUGUACACAGACCCUGUCACCAAGGAAGAAAUCCCUAUGUACACGACAUCAACAGUGUCUUUACGAACUGGUCGUAAACCUCUCUAAUUUGUUGGGUCAAACUGGUGACGAUAUGGAAAUGUCGCUAGCUCCUGGAAUCAGCAAAGUUGACAUAGACAUCGCAAUCGUCUUGACGACGAAUAAACAAUGGUGUCUAUUGACAGACGAUCUCAUUAUGACACAGGUUGCCAAAAUUAGGAGAAAUGGAGCAAAUUCUCAACCCCCCCCCCCUUCCUCUGUUGUAAUUGUUGAAUUAUGUCCCAUAUUUGUCUGAAGCAUCAUUGGGUAAAGUUAAAUCGAUUUUUGUCAAGGCCUUUUGUGCUGUAAGGGCAUUGCAUAAUAGAGGAGAUAGAGCAACUCCUUUUAAAUGGUUCUUGUUCUGUAAAAAAUAUCAGGAUUAUCUUGCGAUUUGGUCUGUAACCAAGAGUGACGGGUCUGAUACCCUGGGGCUUGAGGGACAGGGCCAAAUGGGGGAACCGAUCUAAUUUUUUGAAAAUUUUCUUUUCUGAGGGAAUGACAAGAUUCUCUCCGAAUUUGAUAUGUUGCAUCCAAGUUUGGUAUUUAGCAUCCAAGGGUGAAGGGAAUUCGAUUCUGUAUAAAGAAUUGAUAUCAGCCCUUUAGACGAAACAGUUGUAUACUGCUGAAAAAUUCAUUGCUUGGCUCUACUUUAUCUAACUCCAAAUUUCUUUGUUUUGAAAUAUGCUUCUUAGAGUUCCUUCUUUUGUUGGAAUUAUGUGACUCAAUGCAAACUGAAGCAGGAAUAGAUGAAGGACACUUUUGCAUAAAUGGUUUGGCUAACUCCCUGGGAGGGCCGAAUGUGGUCUAUAGCAUCCUUGAGAGAAGAGAAAUCCAUUUUAUAUAAACGGUGGUUCCUAUCUUCUUGUGGCAAAAAGGUUAUUGCCAAAUUUUGGGAAAUCGAGCGAAUUCUCCCCUGAUGCGGUUUGCUGCAUCCGUGGGUGGUCUAUAGCAUCCAAGCAUGAAGACGGAUCUUAGUUUAGAAUAUGUUGUAGGAAUUGUGGGAUUCUUACCCAAUUUGCCCUAAAGCAGGCUUAUAUUUCUUGACCUUUAGUUUGGAUGAAGCAGUUUCAGCAGUCAGAUAAGCGAUACAGGCCCUACAGGCAUCUCGUUGCCUUAUCCAGAACUAUAGUAAAUAUGCAAAUACGUGUAGUUUGAUGUAAACUAAAAAUAGAUUAUUAAUUAUCCAUAGUCUUAUUAUUUAGAUAGACCAGACAUUUUGAAGGAGAACAUUUAAUGUAUUAUGUCCACAAUAUUGACGUCAUAAUGGCAUAUGCAUGAUGGUAUGUAUUAUAUUUUAAAUUACACGUCUUUCUUUCUAGUUUGUUUACAUAGUGGCUUUGUCAUGUUUAUUUUAAAUACAUCUUAAUCUAUCUCAAGUGACAAUCGACACCUUAUAGUUCUACAGGAAUUCUAUGUGAGUCAUCGAUACCACCAGUACGAUGGAUGAUGAUUAGGCGCAUAGUCUUCAAACUGUAGAAAGUAUUUCCCCUCCGUAAUAUAUCAUUCAAUACUAAUAACUUUUACACAGAUUUUGUUUCAAAUUUCUAGCUUGUAAUAUCUAGAUGUUUUAAGUGACAUACAGUGAACAUGGCAAAUAGAAUCAUUAUUGUCCCUUGGUAACUGCUUCAGAUACAAGUCGCUCCUUGGUUUUUUUCUGAGUCCCUAAUUGAUUAUGAGCCUUCCCUUCAGUGUAAUUUUAUUUGAUUGAAAUAGAUACAUAUGCAGCAUUAGUUUAUUGACUGUGAAUAUUGUUUGGGUAAAAAGAUACAUAUUUAUAUGUGUUUUUAUUUAUUUACUUUAGGUUAUAAAUCAGUUCAAUUAAUACUUAUGUACCAGUCAGACGCUCAUUCAUUACGUUUUUUUUUUUAUUAAAAAAGAUACAUGCUAUGUUAAAGGACUGUCAAUAUCGAUUGGAUAAAAAGAUAAAAAAUACAUAUUUCUUUUGAAUGUUGAUACAUAUUACUAUAGAUACUUAAUCAGUGACCUUCCCAAUGAGGAACAGCGUUUUAGCUGUUUUAUAACCAGAUUUAAUAUAUUAAUUACUUCUACCCAAAUACCUCGCAAGACAUGCAGAGUGUACCCCUUACGAAGCGUAAACUAUACCUCAAAAUUUUGCAUCAUACAUGGAUCCCAAACCUUUACACUAGCUAUUGGUUAAGUUGUUUUUGUUAUUGUACGAUUUGUUAUCAAAUAAAACUAAUUUCAAUAAUGUGGAA